ACAAAAAACGUUUUGCAGCACUCAGUUGUUGAACAAAGGGAAUGAUUUGGCGUUUUUUAGUUAGAAAUAUUUGUAGCCGAAAAAUUCGACAAUUUCAAAGUAAUUUUUUCAUCCGUAAUUCAAUUAUUUUCAACACAAACGAAAUGAUGAGUUCAGAACCGACAACAACAACAUCAUCAUUCGUGUAUCCAGAUGCACGACGUUCGAAUGUUGAAGAUGAAUAUUUUGGUCAAAAAAUUGCUGAUCCAUAUCGAUGGUUAGAGGAUGUGGAUAGUGAUGAAACGGCUCGAUUUGUGGCCGAACAAAAUGCCAUUAGUUCGAAAUAUAUUGAAUCAUGUCAAUAUCGUGAACGAAUCAAAAAACGUUUAACCGAUCUCUAUGAAUAUCCACGUUAUGGUUGCCCAUAUCGGGAAGGUGAAAAUUAUUUUAUGGAAAUGAAUACCGGAUUACAGAAUCAAAAUGUAUUGUUUAUAAUGCGUAAUCGAUUGGACGCUAAGCCGGAAAUUUUUUUCGAUCCGAAUUCAUUGAGUAAUGAUGGAACCAUAUCAUUAUCAACAUAUACUGUAUCAUUUUCUGAUGAUGGAAAAUGGUGGGCAUAUGGUCUGCAAAAAUCUGGUUCUGAUUGGAAUUCGAUUAAAAUACGUAAUGUUGAUACAGGUAUCGAUCUGGAUGAAGAAUUGACUAAAGUGAAAUUUUCAACAAUUUCAUGGACGAAAGAUAAUCAAGGAUUUUUUUAUUCGUAUUAUCCUGACCAAAAUGAUCAAUGUGAUGGCCAAGAAACUACGGAAUGUGCAUUUCAAAAAUUAUAUUAUCAUCGUCUAAACACACCACAAUCGUCCGAUAUACUUGUCUAUGAAACGCCGGAACAUCCAAGAUAUCGAUUUAAAUCUUGUGUUAGUGAUUGUGGCCAAUAUCUUCACGUAUUUAUAGUUCAUAGUUGUGAAUAUAAUCUAUGGUAUUAUCAUAAAUUUUCUGAUGCAAAAAAUCCAUCAAUAAAUGGCCGAUUACAAUUUGAACCGGUAAUAACAGAAUUUGAAGCAAAUUAUAAUUAUGUAACAAAUGAUGGACCGAUACAUUAUAUUCACACGGAUCAUAAAUCACCAAAUUAUCGUGUUAUUAAAAUUGAUCUAAGUGAUCACACCACAAGUGCCGAAUCGAAUUGGAAAAAUCUUAUUGAUGAACAUUCAAAAAACGUGCUGGAAUUUGUUUCCAUUGUACGUAAUGAUUUAUUGAUCUGUCAUUAUUUAAGCGAUGUUAUUAGCCGUUUGGAACUGAGAAAACUUAACGAUGGUGCUUUGAUCAAAAAUAUUUCCAUUCCUGUCGGUACUGUUUCCGCUGUAUCAGCUAAACGUGAUCAAAAUGAAUUAUUUUAUUCAUUCACAUCAUUUUUGAUACCAUCAAGUUCUUAUUAUCUAAAAUUUACCAGCGACAACGACGAUCAAAUAGCGGAACCACAAUUGUUUAAAGAAUCGAAACCAAAAAAUUUUGAUCCAUCAAAAUUUAUUACAAAACAAAUAUUUUAUGAAAGUAAAGAUGGUACCCGUAUACCGAUGUUUAUUAUACAUAAUAAACAAACGCCAAUAGAUUCAAGUCGUCCUUGUAUUCUUUAUGGUUAUGGUGGUUUCAACAUUUCUGUAAUGCCAUAUUUUUCUGUUAUCCGUCUGCUUCCAUUGGAACAAAUGAAUGCUGUAAUUGCUAUGGCAAAUAUUCGUGGUGGUGGUGAAUAUGGCGAACGUUGGCAUGAUGAUGGAAAAUUAUUAUUGAAACAAAAUUGUUUCGAUGAUUUUAUUGCCGCUGCUGAAUAUCUGGUUCGAGAGAAAUAUACCACACCAAAACGGAUUAUUAUUCAAGGUGGUUCAAAUGGUGGUCUUUUAGUGGCAGCCUGUUCGAAUCAAAGACCUGAUCUUUUUGGUUGUACUGUCUGUUUUGUUGGGGUAUUGGAUAUGUUACGUUAUCAUAAAUUUACUAUUGGUCAUUCAUGGAUAUCAGAAUAUGGUUCACCCGAUGAUGAUGAAAAACAUUUCCGUAAUCUAAUUAGUUAUUCACCAUUACAUACAAUACCGAAGAAUGUUGAUCGUUAUCCAGCAACAUUACUUUUAACUGCUGAUCAUGAUGAUCGUGUGGUUCCCAUACAUUCAUUUAAAUUCAUUGCUGAAUUACAGUAUCGUCUGGGAAAACAUUUGCCUCGAACACCAUUGAUGAUUCGUAUCGAUACAAAAGCUGGUCAUGGUUUUGGUAAACCAGUGGAAAAAAUUAUUGAAGAACUGGUCGAUUGUUAUAGCUUUAUAUUCAAUUCAUUAUCAUUGCCAUUUGUCGAUACAAAUUAAUGAAAUAUAAUUAAAACAAUUGUGGAUCGCUCUAUUUUCAUACUUUAUUUUUUUUUCUAUUUGUUAAAUUGAAUUUUGAAAUUGAAAUAAAAUCAAUCUUUUGAAAUGUG